AUGACAAGACCAGUUUUAAAUACUCACCCAGUUUCAAUAUUAUAUAAUAAAUUCAAUAUUCAUAAUGGAUUAAAUACAAUUCUUGAGAUGAUUUACCCCAUUGGUUCAAUAUAUACAUCAAUGAAUUCAACAAAUCCAGCAACAGUUCUGGGUUUCGGUACGUGGAAGCAGAUUGUAGAUAAAUUCCUCUAUUGUGCGAACUCUUCAAAGCAAACAGGAGGUUCGAAGAAAAUUAAAGAAGCAAACUUACCCCCGCACACUCAUACAGGAACUACAAACACAACAGGUAAUCAUUCACAUUCAAUAACAAAAAGAGGUUAUAGAAAUCUUGCAGCAGGUUCGGAUAGACAGGGAAUGGAUAGAUAUGAUAUUUCAAGCGACCCAGUAGAUUCAAGCGCAGGUAUUUUCUGUGGAACCACAGGAAAUCAUUCACACACUUUCACAACAAAUCCAACAGGCUCGGGUAAAGAUUACAUGCCACCAUUUGUGACUGUAUUCGCAUGGUACCGUGUUUAUUGA